UUAAGAGAAUUUGUCCUAUAUAAAGCCAACAUUCAAGAGUAACACUAAUACUAAUUGCACAUCCAUUCAUCAACCCAACCUCAUCUAGCUAUAAUGGAUGUAGUUCUAAGCAGCCUAAUAAAAACCACAACAAUCGCAUUCCUAAUUUCUCUAAUUCCAUUAGGUUUGUUUCUAUUUGUUCAUAGAAAAAAAAGAGAGGCACCAAUAGCAAAAGGUGCAUGGCCAAUACUUGGUCACCUCCCCAUUUUCAAUGGCACACAAUCACCUCAUAGAGUCUUAGGUACCUUAGCUGAUAAAUAUGGACCAAUAUUCACCAUCAAACUUGGUUCAAAACAUGCUUUAAUCAUCAACAAUUGGGAAAUGGCUAAGGAAUGUUUCACUACAAAUGACAUGGCUCUUUCAUCUCGUCCCAAGCUUGUUGCAACACAACAUUUGGGCUAUAAAGGAGCCAUGUUUGGACUUGCACCCUAUGGUCCUUAUUGGCGCAAUCUUCGCAAGAUUGCAACCCUAGAGAUUCUCACGAAUCGUCGAGUCGAACAACAACAACAUAUUCGUGUUUCCGAAGUACAAACAUCGAUUAAAGAGCUCUUCGAUGUUUGGUCUAGCAAAAGAAACGAGCACAAUUCAUCAAACUAUGUGUUGGUGGAUAUGAAGCAGUGGUUUACACACUUAACAUUCAACAUGGUUCUUCGAAUGGUUGUUGGAAAGAGAUAUUUUGGUGUAAGAACUAAUGUUGAUGAAGAAGAAGCUCAAAGAAGUGUGAAAGCUUUGAAGGAGAUGAUGCGUUUGUUUGGGGUGAUUACGGUGGGAGAUGUUAUUCCUUGUUUGAAAUUGUUUGAUUUUGGUGGUCAUGUGAAGGCCAUGAAAAGAACUUUAAAGGAGUUGGAUGAAGUUUUAGGUGAGUGGUUGAAGGAGCGUCGUCAUGAAAGGAGUUUGAGUGAAAAGGUUGAUGGUGACGAUAAUAAAGACAUCAUGGAUGUGUUGCUUUCAUUGCUUGAUGGAAAAACAAUUGAAGGGUUUGACUGUGAUACCAUAAUCAAAGCCACAAUAUUGACAUUGUUUACCGGAGGAACUGACAGUAGUAGUGUAACUCUUACAUGGGCACUAUGUUUACUAUUGAAAAAUCCUCUUGCAAUGAAAAAGGCCAAAGAAGAACUUGACACACAUAUUGGUAAAGAGAGACAUGUAAACGAAUCAGAUAUAAGUAAGUUGGUAUACAUUCAAGCUAUAGUCAAAGAAACUCUAAGAUUGCAUCCACCUGCACCUCUAUCGGGACCUCACGAAUUCUCCGAGAAUUGUACCCUAGGUGGCUAUCAUGUUAAAAAGGGAACUCGAUUAAUCACGAAUCUUUGGAAGAUCCAUACCGAUCCUAAUGUUUGGCCUGAUCCGUUAGAGUUCAGGCCAGAAAGAUUUCUCACUACUCAUAAAAAUGUUGAUGUUAGAGGUAAAUAUUUUGAGUUAUUACCAUUUGGAAGUGGUAGAAGGAUGUGUCCUGGAAUAUCUUUUGGACUUCAAAUGGUGCAUUACUCUCUAGCUAGCUUUUUGCAUUCGUUUGAUAUCUUAAAUCCAACAACAUCUGAACUUGUUGAUAUGACUGAAGUGUUUGGAUUAACAAAUAGUAAAGCUACUCCCCUUGAGGUUCUUGUUAAACCACGUUUGUCCCUUAGUUGUUAUGAAAUUAUGUAAUUUUAUGCUAAUGGUGUAUUAAUUGGUGUAUUUCUAUAAAUAAAGUUUUUAUCAUUUGUGAUAUUAUAUCAAACGGUUUUAUUGUUUUGUGUA